AUGUUGGUUUUGAAACAACUAUCUGGGGAUUACAAGGUGACCAGCCAAGCCUUUCUCGACUACCAUGCUUUGGCCAGCCAAAUGAUCGAGGAUUUGGAUGAAGUGAUACUUACUCACCUACCAAGGGAACAUAAUUCUCAGGCCAACGUCAUGGCCCAACUAGCCUUAGGAGUUCAUAUCUCCGAAGGGCUAUAUGAAGAACUUUUCAAGGUAGAGAAACGAUCUCUUUCUUUCGUUUUUGAAAGAGGGAUUUCACCAGAAGUCAUGGUGCUAACUGUAACGUCGGAUGAUUGGAGGCAUGAAAUCGUAUCAUAUAUGAAAGCCCCAAAUAGGCCACAUAGCCAACAAGUUCGGCAGAGGGCUCGAUAUUACGUGAUAAGGGAUGAGAUACUCUUCCGCAUAUGCUCUAACGACUUACUCAUGAAGUGUUUGGCCAAGAAAGAACAACUUCUAGCCAUGACUGAAGUCCAUGAAAGCAUAUGA